CGUCGCGCAUGGUCUUGCCAUCGCAGUCCUCGACUGCGCAUGUAUUCCCGCCUUUGUCAUGACCCCAGCCCUGCGCCUUAUAACUACUAUUGAACAUUGUGCACACCGCCUCUCGCCCCCCAGCAGCAGCAGCACCAAGUCCUGGUCCUGGUCCCGGUCCCGAUUCACCCCCUAACCUACAGAGCUAAGCUAUGACUUGCCGUCAAGAACAAAAAAGAAUCCGUAGCAUUAGAUCCCCACUAAGCUCGCAUGAAGGGCGAGCGACGAGCCUGCGCUGCGCUGAGCUCGAGCCUGAGGUGCUUCUCGAAUCGUCUGUCGAUAAUUUCACUAGAGAAUGUUUCGAGUCGCUUACCUCGCUGGCUAGUUAGCACUCAAAUCCUCCGUGCCCAGGGCUGCAUAGAACUCACAACAUUGCCUCGCCGGGGAGCUCGAUGUGUCACUUCCAGUCUACUCCCCUACGACAAGCUCACUCGAUGCAACUACCGAAAGUCGCUCAGGGCUGAGCGACUUAGCGCGCGCUGUGUCGAGAUGAUACGAGGAAGAGGAGAGUGAGACCGAGGAAGGACAUGUAAGAGGGCCGGAGAGCAUGAGGAUCCGGAGUGAGUAGGACGGGUACUCAAUACGUAAAAGUCAAUCGGUCAGGGGGGGAAUCAAGGCGAACGUAGUCUCCGGGAGUGAUUAGCGCGGGCCAUACCUCAACUUCGUUGCCGUGGAGAAAAUGGCUUGGACGCUAGAUUUCAGCACGAAGGAGGACGACGUUUUGAGUGAGUGCCGAUGGUCGCGCCAGCAGCUGGGCACCGUUUAUUCCAGAUGGAAAUCAACAUCAAACAGUGAAUCCAUAAUGGAUCGCUCAGUGGCCAUCGCUGGUGGAACUGCUGUAACUCAGUGGCAGGAACAAGUACGCUCGCUGCUCUUGCAUCAUGCUGAGCACAUCGUCAAAUCUACGAUACGAGCUGUCAGCCCGAGCAUUAUUCCAUCUUCAUGCGCGAAAACAUCUGGAUGGAACACAUGCUGAAGGGCUGGUUGGGACGGCAAACCCGAUUACCGUCCAUCGUAUCCUUCCAUUCUACUAAGAGCCAUGCUUUUCCUCAUAACACAAAAGAUCCGUAAAUGCUGACCUGACGUUUGACUCAUCAUUUGACCACAACAGGAAAGGACUAAAAGUUUGCUUCAUUUCAUGUUAGACUAAGUCGUUAUAGAGAAUGUUUCAGUUUAUGAAAGAGUUUUAUCAGUCGAAAGAAAACGUCGAAAAGGUCUCGCUUGUCUAUAUCUCGAGAGUAAUGAAUUCUGCGACGGUUUUUCUAAAAUUCUCCCAAUUUGAGUUAUCAGAAGCACCUUACAGGCUGCACGUUCUCACGAGAUGGAAGGAGAGCAUAAAUGUCGGGUUUUGAUGCAUAGCUCAUGUGCAUACCAACAUCAACAGCUUUCUGCAGUUACUGUGGCGUUUCCAGUCGACAGAAUAAUCAAGCUUUUUCAUAAACUCCUCAUAAAGAUGAUUCAUUCUGCAUCUCGGUUUCCUAGCAUGAGGAAUGUCACUUUGUGUCACAGAGAUUGGGGUUACAUCUCACGGACACGUGCCAACUGUAUCAACAAUUCAGUCCCAAAAAGCCUCACGGUAAAGAUCUCAGUCCAACUAUACCUCGCGAAUGCACAGGCAUCAGCGAGGCCGUAGGCGAUGUGAAGAGCAAGCGUGGCCAGCUCAUGAGACUCGGGCGAAUCAGCGUGACCGGAUGGAAUCUCAGAUCCACAAAUGGAAUCAGUGUACAUUUCCAGCAGGCCCACUAGUAGCAGGUCCUUUCACUAUUAUGAAACCUUGUGAAUCUGAUCACUAACCAGAUACUGUCGGUGACAUAACAGCCGAUCUGAGCCUCAUGUACUUUCAGUUACAACCUGCAAGAUAGCCCUAAAGUCUUGAACUUUAGUGGUCAGACGCAUUAUCAGUC